UGGUGGAAUCUGAAUCUGACCAAUUGAGACACAAAAAUGAUGGGAGUUAGUAUAUAUUUGUGAAAAUAAGAUUAAUAAAAUGGAUUGACAUAUCUCAAUAUCUGAAAUUAUUAUUUUGUGGCCUAUGAGAUUCGGUAUCUAACUUAUUCUCAUAUUAUAAUUUUGAUCAUUUUCUCAACAAUUUUAUGGCCAAAAAAUCUUGCGUUCUUCGUGUCUUUAUUUUUUUUUAUGUAUAAUACUCUGUUUUUUAGCAUUUUUUUGCAAUAUAAGUUUAUUUAUGCACGGUUUGAUAGUAUUUGUCCGAAUUAUAUUAUAGUAGUAGUACUAAUUGGUUACGGUUGAAAAUUGCUAGACUGAUUAUAUAUUAUUUAUAUUAUAGUAUUACGAUAGUAUUCAAAGUUGAGAGAGGGUGAUCAGCCAAAAAAAAUACUGACAAGCAACAGAUUAACAAUUUGCAAGUAGCUCGUAUAUAAUAAGAAAAAAAAACUAAUAUAUUGAAAAAAAAAACAUACAAUCUAUUUAACUUUAUUUAUUCAAUAGAAUGAUCUCGCAACAACUUCUAAUUAAAAUGAGUAGCCAAAUAACAACUACUGUACAAAGUACUUAGUAGUACUUCAUAAAAUAUCUGAUAAAUCUACAAAACACAAACAUUAGAAAGGUAGUAAUUGGCAAUUUUUAGUCCUGUGCCCACUGCAUAGUUAAUGAAAAUUCAAGAAAAUUUUGAUAAACUGAUUACAAAAAGAAGGUAUAUUCUAUAUAUGUUACAUUUCGAAUUUAAUGAUUCCUCAUUUUGUUAUGAAACUAUUUAUCUGUGUAAAUAAUAUAUUCUGUAAACCAAUCAUUCCAAACUUGAAAGAUUAGAUUGAAUUGGCUCACCAAACCAAAAUCUAUCCAAAAAAUAUACACCAAUAUCGCAUAAUCAAAAUUCUUAUCCCUUUACACUGAAGAAAUAGCAUAACUUAUAUACAGUAAAUAUCCUAGUAAUAUUUUAUUGUGGCAGUUGUUUUUAUAAAAACCGUUAGCUAAAAAUAGCAACAACCAGACAUCCAACUACUUACAUAAUAGGUUAGCCAUGAAAUUGCUCCUUUGUCGGAGAAGAAGAAAAGUAAGAAAACACAAGCCCGCGCAAUCGCUGAGAAGCGAUCGAUCUCAGGAAGAAUCAUUUCAAUAAGCUAAUCAGCAAUCCUUCCUGUCGUCGGCGCUUACAGUGAGAGCUUUCCUGAUUUUUAAAAUUCUUGGAACGAUCAACGGUUGUUGUUUCAUGAGCUGUUGAAAGAGAGGCACCAAAAAGCUACCAUAUCAGUAGCUUUUGAUCAGUCAGCACCCGAGAAAUGAGGUCUAGCCCGACGUGCUUUGGACUGCGCAUGUCAUCAAGAGAUGCGCCCACCCCAAAGCACGCCAAUCAAGCUGCUGCAUGUUCAAAAGAAUCAACUGAAUACGUAAAUCCCGGUCUUAGACUCUGGAAUGAGAGUAGAGAGAAAUGGGUAGCCGAUAAAAAGGUAGCUACUCGAUCACAAUUGUUUAACGUGCUCAAAUUAAGAUCUAUCUGCAUGGAUACAAAUCUCCAUCUUUGCUCCGUGACAACGUGCAAUGAUAUGCAUAGGCUGAUUAACAGCCCAGAGCCGUUUCCCAGACCUGUUCCGCUUGGGGAAAUGGUGGAUUUUCUGGUUAAUGUGUGGGAUGAUGAAGGAAUGUAUGACAUGAUCUAAUUAAGCAGGGAGAUGAGCAUUAGUAUAUCAGCAACAUCUUCAAAAUGGCUUUAUUAUAUUGGACAUAAUAUAUUUUUUGGGUGUAGAUAAAAUUAAAGAUGUAGGAAUAAUGUAAGGUGGUUGUGUCAUUUUUGUUGGUACUAUUCAAACAGCUUUCUCCCUCUUUUACUAUUGUUACAUUUUUCUGCAGAAAUAA